GGGACAAUGGUAUGUCCUCAUGGAGUUCGUUUUAAUCAAGUGAAUGAAACUUUCAGAUCUGAUUAAACACCCUGGAAGUUUAUUUGCAGGGGUUUUUUUUCCCUAGCCAUAUUGUGUUCAUCAAACUGUUCUUCACACUCUCUCUCUUCAACUAGUGGUCUAUUUUUGGUAUAAAGUAAGAAGAUAAGAAUAAAACACAAUUUAGAAGAAUGUCGGUAAAAACCACCUAGUAGCAUCUAAUGGUGUUCAGCUCUCCCAGACAGGCAUGCACUUCUCUGCUAACCUCCCUGCCACACAGGUCCGCUUGAUGAGCACCCAGAACCCCUGAGAAGUCUUAUUAAAGUAGGAAAAUACUAUUUUAGUUUAGUGGUUAUAAGAUACACAUUUCCCCUCAUUUUAACAUCUCUGAAAUUGUGGUAUGUCCUACAGUCAGUGACUUCUUAUGCUGAUUUUUUCCCCUGUAGGAUGGUGCACCAGUCACAUCAAAUCUUAGAUUUUUGUGAAAUGUGGCAAAUGAUAUCAGUCAUUGAAUUAAGAAAACUCAUUCUCCUCAUUUUUUCCUGUCUGCCCUGGGUUGCACCUGUUGAGUAACUCUAUGCCUGCCCUUGCAUUGCAAACAGGAGCUUACCCAACCAGGAAGCGCAUCACCUUCCUCCAGAGAAAGCUGAUGAAACACUUUUUUGUUUUUGCAAGUUGUUAUUAAUAGACCACAAGCAGAUCUUCCGCCCUCAGCUCUCUAACGACAAAAGGACCUGCUGGCUCGAUGACCUAGAAGGGCCAUUUCAGCACUUCCAUUCUGUCUCCAAGCCUUCACCUUAGGUGAGAACUUUCGCUCUCACUCACAUCUCAGGGUGCUCUGACUCUUCAGCUGAAGGUCCCUGUGGUCCAAGAUGGACAGUGUUACCUAACAGUAUGCAUGCUCCAGCAACAUGAAUGACAUCAAGAGUAACCGAGAACUGUACCUGCAGUACACGGCCAUGGCCCCCAAGCUGCUGGCCCGAAUCUCCAAACUACUCAUCAUGUGCCGGAACGCAAGCAUCGCUAUCCCUAAGGGCAUCAGAAACAUCUUUGAGUUCACUUGGGAGGAGCUCAUCACUGACCCCAUGGUGCCUACCCCGUCGGACAUCCUGGGCCUGGAGAUCAGCAUUGGAACACCACCUGUGGUGAUUGCGGAAUCAACCCCUGUGCAGGUUCCUAUCCAGAAGAAGCCGCUGCCACCACCAGUCCCACCCCCACCGAUGCCGACCGCAUCCACUGGGCCAGCCAAGUUCACCACCCAGAUUCCCACCCCCGGCCAUCGGGCACGGUCCAGGCAGGACAUCCUGCACAAGUUCCAGCGGCAGUCUAUCCACCUGCUGACAGAGUUGCUCACCCUAAAGAUGAAGGCCAUGGUGGAGUCUGUGUCUGUAGGUGCCAACCCCCUGGACAUCACAAGGCGCUUUGUAGAGGCCAGCCAGCUCCUCCACCUCAAUGCCAAGGAGAUGGCUUUCAACUACCUGAUUGGUGCAGCUGGGAGAAGUACCUAUGAUGUUGUACCGAUGAGUAAAGAGUCCUUCAUGAACAUCUCAGCCAUGGGAGUGAACACGCCUUAUCAGCUUAUCUAUGAGUCCUCUACUGGCUGUCUAAGUUUUUCCCUCUCAACUGGAAGGGAAGCCAAGAAGAAAGCAGCUACAGGCAAACCAAAAAUUUUAGAAGAGAUGUCCACAUCACCCUCUCAACGAAAAAUGGCAACUUCUGACAACGCGCAGCUCAGCGACCCCUGCCCUGAGGCCCGGGAGAAGCUGCAGGAGAUGUGUCGCCACAUAGAAGCCGAAAGAGCCUCAUGGAAAGGGAAGAAUGUCUUCUACCCCAUGAUCUUACGCAACUAUAGGAUAAAGGUGCCUUAUCAUCCAACACCGACCCCGAAAGGGGACGCUCAGACCCCGAGCUCCCAACAACCUAACUCUUCCGGUGCUCAGGUUGCUAUUGCCGUCCUUCACCAGCCUCAAGUCUCCCGUGCUCACUUCGGCCGGCAGUCUCAGGAGUGGAAGGGAGCCAAGAAGCCCUUCAAGUUUUACUACUCCUUCUACGAUGGGUCUUCCUUUGUUUACUAUCCCUCCGGAAACAUUGCCUUGUGUCAGAUCCCCACGUGCUGCAGAGGGAGAACCAUCACCUGCCUCUUUAAUGACACAUCAAACUUCUCUUUCCUGGCCCUGUUCAAUGCUGAAGGCCAGGGCUGCGUUCACCACAACCAAAAGGCCUGCUGCCCAUAUGUCUUGAUCUUGGAUGAGGAAGGCGGGACCACCAGCGACUACAAGGGCUAUACAGUUCACAAGUGGAGCUGGGCUUCUAAGACAGAGACUUUGCUCUCCCUGGAAUAUAAGGUGAAUGAGCAAAUGAAGCUGACGGUGCUGGGGCAGGACUCCAUCAUGGUCACCUUCACCUCCCUGAGUGAGACAGUAACACUCACUGUAUCACCCAACAACUGUCCCCAUGGGAUAGGGCAUGAUAAAAGGGUGACCCACAAGAUGAGCUUCAUGGAUGAAAAGUUGACUAAGAUGAGCCGAGCCCUGGCAGAGAUCAAGAAGCGGUUUCAGAAAACAGUGUCUCAGUUCAUGAAUUCUAUCUUACUGGCCGCGGGCUUGCUCACCAUAGAAUAUCCAAUAAGGGAAGACACAGAAAUAAGUCGAAUCAAAAUGAAAUCCUGGUUCAGUCUUGAGCGAGCCAUCAAGCAAAAUCUCUACUCAGCAGACUCUGUUUCAUUACGGCAUCAGUCAGCCCAAGACUCCUUGUAUGGCGAGCUCUUGAAGGAAGAUCCUGGGUCUGCUCCAAUGACCCCCACUGACAAGAAGACCAUCAGGAUCCAAGCCAAAACCCCAGUCACACCCAGAGGGAAGGCCCGGGAGGUGCGCAGCCCCACCAGGUGGGCAGCCUCACCAUCUGACUGCCCUUUGGUGCUGAGGAAGCUCAUCUGUAAGGAAGACAUCCGAGCUGGCUGCAAGUGCAUAGUGAAGGCACCCCUGGUAACUGACGUGGAGUUAGAACGCUUCCUGUCAGCGCCCCGGGACCCCAACCAGGUGCUGGUGUUUGGGAUAGUGUCGGGCCAGAGAUCCACCAGCACAGGACAGCUCCAGUGGCUGCUCAACACACUCUACAGUCGCCAGCAGCAGGGCCGGGCCUCACCCUGCAUCCAGUGCCGGCGCGACCCCUACCGCCUACUGCGGUACGACCUGGACAGCCCCCUGCAGAAGGACCCGCCCCUGCUGGUGACCAAGUAUGCUGUGAUGCAAGGGAUGGUUUUGAUGUUCGCCUCAGGGAAGCUCCUCUUUGGGGGCAGCGUUUUGAAUGGCUAUGGCUUCAGCAAGCAGAAUCUACUGAAACAGAUCUUUCAGGCUCAACAGGACUGCAAGAUGGGUUGCUUCCUGCCAGAGAACUACAAAUUUAGCAUUUCAACCUCCAUCCUGGCCCUGGAUGACUCUGACUCAGCCUCAGCCGAGAGAACAAUGAUGGAUGACAUUCAAGGAAGCACCUCCUCAUUGACCAUUGGGGACGAGAUAGACGAGUCUUCCCCUGAAACUGAGAAGAAGAUGACACAUCCUGAUGAGGAUCUUCCUCCUAUCAGCAAAGGCAGAAGGAACAGUAAGAAGCAAAAUGAUGGGAAGAAACUGCUCCCCAAGAAGUAAUGCAGGCCCCUUGACCACCAGAGUGCCAGGCCUGGACAUGGCUCAUCCCUCGCCCAUUCAGCCAUCCUGCCCUGCCUCCCCAGCCCCGACCCCCUUCUCUGAGCCUCUAUGUAAUAAACAAGCAUGCUGCCAGCAUCUGGGUGAGGCCAUGGGCUAGGCUGGCUCUACAAGGCCAGAGGCCCCCCAGCAUCCCUGUUACAGGCCCAGUCCUUGGAAACUUGGUUGUUCUGGCCCAGAACUUUUUCUGUGGCCAGUGAAGUCAGCCCAGGAUUCUUCCACUCCCAAGGAAACGAACCUGACAAGGGGACCCAGCCAAAUGAGACAUUAGCCAUGGGGAGAUCUGUGAUGGGACUAAACUAUGCUCUCCUCUCCUUCACUGAGUGGGAAUGGCUUGGGUUCUGGCCCAAGUGGAAAGCAGGGUAUGAGAGAGAAGAGGGAGAGGGGAGACAGGAAGCUGAGGGAGAAGAGAUGAAGGGAAAGAUGGGGUGACAGAUGAUGAGAAGGAAGAAAACAGGAGGAAGGAGA